AUUCCAGGCGGUGAUGUGCCACGUAUCACACGUCACAACGCGGUGCGUCGCAGCAAUCGAGUAUUACUCACGGGAUUAAGUCGUGCGCAUGCUCCUCGCUUUUGCCGUCUGGAAAUGUAUCAUAAUCCAGAACCGGUGACAGAUUUAACCACUCCGUCAAUCUGUCAUCAUCAGCCGUUCAGUUUGUCCGCGCAUUUGAUCGACCCGAUUGAAAUACACACCGUCUUUCAGUACAAAAUUGCAGAUCCUAUUUUGACCACCUGCGUUGAGUCGGAUCAUGCCCUAGUUCUAUUACGCUUCACCCUUCGACUCAUCGGUCAUCGGCAGAAAUCGCCUCAGUUAGCUCGUCAUCGUCUGCGUGAUCCAUCUGUCUGUGCCCGUUAUGAGGAGAAGCUGGGACAGGAGCUAAGACAAACACGGCAUAGUGGAGUAGACUAG